AUGUCAGAUUUCGAGAGUUUUAGGUUACUUGUGUGUAACAUUCAGCCCAGUACCUUGUCUCUCAAACUGACUGAAACAACAUCUACCAAUCUGUCUGGUUCUUUGGGCCCCGGUGAUAUCCUACAAAACAUUCGCUUUCUAGACAUUCGUGGGGUGAAUCUGACGACACUGGCACCAUCAGGUCUGGUGAGGUUCAAAACCUUGGAGUGGUUGCGAAUUCUCUGUAUUUGUCUACGGAGUAAAUAUAAUGACUAUAUAGACGAACACGUGAUGGCCGAACUGAGAAGCAACAACCAACCGGGCAAUGCCCCCGAAAACCAGGCUGACGGAGCUACCGCCGAUAGCACUGCAGUUGACCCAUAUUACUCAACGAUAAAGGAUGAAGAUCUUGACGAAACUGUUAGCCCGUAUGGGAUGGCCAAGGCAGGUGCCCAGUACGGCCGUGGGAAGAAAAGGUCGCGUAGUGUUAGAGAGAACGCUAUCGCCGGUCCGAAAUCCAGGUCAGAACAGUGCAAAUGUUACAAUCAGAGAGAUAGGGAAGAUACUACCCCCGACAACGGGGAUACUGAAGAGAGGGACGCUUCAUAGAACUCUUGGUGGGGUAGUGGCUACUAGAACGGGUCAAAGGUAGUUGGAAGUCGGUACCGC